AUGGCUUCAGAACCUACGAACGAUGACACAGAAUUUGUCACAUCGGCAGAUACUGAGACUAAGAAGACAAAGAAGAAAAAAAGCAUUCUAUCAAGGAUAUGGGAUGCACUAUUUAGAGUACAUAGGGAUGAUUUCCAGAAGAGAUUGGAACAUAUAUCUAAGGAAGAGGCAUCUGUUCUUGCCAGAAUCACUAAGCGUUCUCAUCGUUGCCGGAGGAUGACAAGGCACUUUAUUCUAAUUUCUGUUCUUAUUGAGGUUGUAGCAGUGGGUUAUGCUGUUAUGACCACGAGAUCUUUAAACUUGAACUGGCAAAUGAGAGCUUUGCGAGUCUUACCUAUGUUUUUGCUACCAGCAUUGUCUUUCAUUACUUAUUCAACACUAAGAAGCUUCUCAAGGAUGCGUGACAGGAAGGACCACAAGAUUUUGGAAAAGCUUCGGGCAGAGAGGCAAGCCAAAAUUGACGAAUUGAAAGAGAAGACAAAUUACUACAUCACUCAACAGUUAAUACAGAGGUACGACCCGGAUCCAGCAGCCAAAGCAGCUGCAGCCACGGUGUUGGCAUCAAAGUUGGGUGCAGAUUCUGGUCUCAAGGUAUAUGUGGAGGACGAUGCCAACCCCAGUGCCCUUACUGGAAAGAGCAAUGAUGUUGAACUGGCAUCCAACACUGCUGGUUUGAGACAUAGAAAACAGCCGCACAAGAAAACUAGUAGCAUAGAAAGCGGGCCUGUGAGUCACCCUGAAGGAGGAAAGAUUGAUCCUGCUGGGUUUGAGGUGGCCGACUUGUCUGCACAGCAUCAGUUUGUUGUCGAGCAUCACCCUCAAGCAGGUUUGACCUCGAACGACGGAGGAUGGAUUGCCCGACUUGCUGCCUUGCUUGUGGGGGAGGACCCAACCCAGUCGUAUGCGCUUAUCUGUGGAAAUUGCCACAUGCACAAUGGGCUUGCAAGGAAAGAAGACUUUCCAUACGUCACUUACUACUGCCCGCAUUGCAAUGCCUUGAAUAGAUCAAAGCAAUCUGAUGAUCGUGUUUCUGUUUCUGAUUGCCCUACUCCGAUGUCUUUGGAUAUGAAUAUGGAUAAUGCAGUUGUUGGCAGACCUUGUGGCUCGACUGUGGACAAGGUUUCUCCAAGUGCUAGUCCUGUCGCUGAUUAUACCGUGGACAAGGUUUCUUCAAGUGCUAGUCCUGUAGCUGAUGCUACCGUGACUUCUGAAAGCUGA